AUGGGCGGGAAAUUCCAGUGUUUCUAUGGCUUCCAAUACGAACGAAGGUCGGAUUACGGGCUGGAUUUGAAGUACGCGUGUAUUCGAGCGGAUUGCGAUGGAGCAAUGACGUUGAGAUCGAGCAAGGAUUUUGUGCUGAUCCGGCCGCAUAAUCAUCCCAGAAUUGAAAUUGACGACCCGGAAACGGUAUGAUUUUUCUUUGUUUUUCAUUUUUUAGGGUCUCCGAGGAGUUCAAGUUUUGGAUUUAAUAUUUUUAUCAUGGAUAAUGUCAGCUGUCUCAUGGAUAAUAUAAUUUCCUCAAAAUUUCCCAAGAUUCGAUCAAUUUUUUGCAGGCCACCUCCUUCAUCGUGGUGGAGGGAAAGAACAAGCGGUUUGCCAAGGUUUUCGAGCGACCUUCGUUGAUCAUCCGCGAAGGGAAGUGCGAAGUCGGCGGAGAGUGCGAGAUCGCCGUCCGAAAGCACGAAAGGAGCAAAGCCGUGGUCCGGGGAAUUUUCAAAGAGCGCGGCGAUGCCGUUUUGAUGAUGUUGAACAUUUGCGAAGAAAACGGAAUCGAUUUGUGCGAUAUGGAUGCGGAAGCAAAGGCGAAAUGGGCAGCAAGUGCGGAGCCAAAGGUCAAACUGAGACCUCGGUGAGGACACGAUUUUUUGUACUAUGUAUCUAUUAUCCAUGGGAAAUUGAGACAUUUUUUUGAUGAUUUUGGCUCCCGAAGAAAUCGAAGAGCUCAAACUUUUUCGAAAAAUUUCAAACAGAGCUUUAUUAUGUCACAAAUUUCAUAUUUCUUCUUACUGGUAUUUUCAUAAAGUGGGCACAAUUUUUUUCGCGGCGCACAGUGCAUUUUUCUUCUUUUUGCACUGUGCAACUGUUUCCGCCGCCCAAAAUGCGCGACGACGUAGUUGAAAAAAGUCUACACACUUUAUGAAAAUACUACUGGCCCUUCCGGAAAGUCGCCGCACUGAUUUUUGGCGUUUGCACGGUGCGAAAAAAGUCAGGGUGCGAGCGACAGCCCAAACAUAGUCUAUUGUGCAAAAAGCAAGAAAUUGCACAAUGCAAAGAAAACUUUUGUUUUUUCUUACAGCUAAAAAAAGUCUGCGCACUUUCUGGACCGACUGGAAGUCCUUCCGGAGAGUCGCCGGACUGAAAUCGGCGACACGCACUGUGCGAAACACAAGUUUUCUUUGCACUGUGCGGUUUCUUGCUUUUUGCACCGUGCAGUAGGCUUUCGCUCGCACCCUGACUUUUUUCGCGCAGUGCAAACGCCAAAAAUCAGUCCGGCGACUUUCCGGAAGGACCAGUAGUAUUUUCAUAAAGUGUGUAGACUUUUUUCAACUACGUCGUCGCGCGUUUUGGGCGGCGGAAACAGUUGCACAGUGCAAAAAGAAGAAAAAUGCACUGUGCGCCGCGAAAAAAGUCUACCCACUUUGUGAAAAAAUUAGUAAUAAAAGAAUAUGAUCUUUGUGACGUACUAAAGCUCUUUUUGAAAUUUUUCGAUAAAGUUUGAACAAUUUUUUCGUGAGCCAAAAUCAUCAAAAAAUGCCCCAAUUUGCCAUGGAUAGCAUAAUUUUUAGUGAAAAAAGCGCAUUUUAAGGCUUUACGGCAAUAAAAUCUUCAUUUCAGCCCCAAAACCUACGAUCUAGACCCCAAAGGGACAACUCCGUACCCACUUCACCACCCCGAAAAGCCGGACUGUUCCAGAUUCAGAGAAGAAGAGGAUGGCGAACUGCUCAGUGAUGAGACAAUUGAUGAAAUUUUGGCCGAAACUGAGUGUAAGCGGCCUUUAAAUGAAGUGAUUGACCCUUUAAAGGCAUUCAGAGACUAAUUCGAGAAGAUUUAACACCCAAUCUUACUGCAUUUUCAGCCACACAACGGAUCCGAUCCUGUUGUUUCAGCGAAAACUGCAUGAUGCAAGCGAUUAUAAGCCAGCUGAACCAAAAUAAUUCGGAACUGGCCGUCCUCAGAGGCAAGAAAAAAGUGAUGUGGAAUCAAUUGUCCAGAAUCAACCGAAAAAUCGACCACUUUUUUAUGUCCCCGCAGCCGGUCAUCAACAAUUUUCAACGUGAGUUGAGGGGCUGUAGGGAAUUUUUAGCGGGGAAAUUAUGUGAAUUUAGAGUUAAUAGAGACGCAGAGAUGUUCUUGAAGUUGGUUUGAGGUCUUGAGAGGAAAUUUUGACUAGACUUUUGCCCAAAAUUUGUAUUAAUUUAGGUACUUUUGACAGUUUUUUGGGAAUUUUUUGUGAUUUUGUGAUCAAAAGACCGCUUGAAAGUGGUUAUAAAAUAAAAAAUCAGUUGGUUUGAGGUCUUGAGAGAAAGUUUUGACUAGAAUUUUGCCCAAAAAUUAUAUUAAUUUAGGUGAGUUUUGGUCAUUUUUGGGUAAUUUUUUUUAGUUUUUUGAUGAAAAGAAGGCUUGGAAAUGGUUUUAAAAUAAAAAAUCAAUUGGUUUGAGGUCUUCAGAGGAAAUUUUGAUUAGAAUUUUAUCCAAAAUUUAUAUUAAUUUAGGUGAAUUUUGGUCAGUUUUGGGUAAUUUUUUGUGAUUUUUGGGCCGAAACAGGACUUGAAAACGGUUAUAAAAUAAAAAUCAGGUGGUUUGAGGCCUUGAGAGGAAAUUUUGAUUAGAAUUUUGUCCAAAAAUUUAUAUCAAUUUAGGCGAAUUUUGGUUAUUUUUGGGUAAUUUUUUGUGAUUUUUGGGCCGAAACAGGACUUGAAAAUGGUUGUGAAUAAAAAAAUCAGGUGGUCUGGGGUCUUGAGAGGAAGUUUUUGGUAAGAAUUUUGCACAAAAUUUAUAUUAAUUUAGGUGAAUUUUGGUUAUUUUUGGGUAUUUUUUUUAGUUUUUUUUGGUCAAAAGAAGGCUUGAAAAUGAUUAUGAAAUAAAAAAUCAGUUGGUUUGAGGUCUUGAGAGGAAGUUUUUGGUAAGAAUUUUGCACAAAAUUAUGUUAUUUUAGGUACCUUGUGAUGAUUUUUGCGCAAUUUUUGUGAUUUUUGGGCCAAAACAGGGAUUGAAAAUGGUUUUAAAGUUAAAAAAUCAGUUGGUUUGAAGUCUUGAAAAGAAAUUUUGAUUAGAAUUUUGUCCAAAAAUUUAUAUCAAUUUAGGCGAAUUUUGGUCAUUUUGGGCUUUUUUGGUUGAUUUCUGAUCAAUAGACCCCUUGAAAAUGGUUGUAAAAUAAAAAUGAACGAAUAUUCCAGCGAAAUUCAACUUUGUCCCGCGCGAAGUGGUGGACCAAAUCGCGGCCAACAACCGAAAUCCGUUCGAAUUCGCGAAGAAACUCUGGCCUCGGCUCUACAAAACGUUCGCCGAGCGGAUCGCCAAGGUCCGCUGGAGGAAUCCGGCCAAAAUUUUGGAACUUCAAUGCCUCAUCCAGGCCUACUACCCCUCCCAGAACGACUACAUUGCGGUCCGGCGAUGGCAGCGAAUCUGGAAGGCGCUGAUGGGAGAGGCCAUGACUCUCCGCCGAAAUUUACUCAACUCCUUUGUCGAGAAUGCAAGUGGAUCCCCGAAAAGGGAGGAAGAAAGAGUGGAAAUGGAUGCAACUACAAAUGACGAGAUGUUCGACGUGGAGGGCGGAGAGCUCCAGGAAACGGAAAAUCAGUAUGAUCAGGAGGAACAAGACGAUGAAGAAGAGGAGGAGUACACUGAAGAAGGUGGGAAUUGCUGUUUAUAUUGAAAUUGAUGGUCUGAAAUUUGAUUUGAGAGGGUUUUAGAGGGUGAAUUUUGGAUUUUUGGACAAAUUUUGGACUGAUUUUUAUAUUAACCAUGAUGAUUUUUUUGAUGAAGGAGGUGGGAAUUGGUGUUUGUAUUGAAAUUGAUGGUCUGAAAUUUGAUUUGAGGGGGAUUUAGAGGAUGAAUUUUGGAUUUUUGGACAAAUUUUGGACUGAUUUUUAUAUUAACCAUGAUGAUUUUUUUGAUGAAGGAGGUGGGAAUUGGUGUUUGUAUUGAAAUUGAUGGUCUGAAAUUUGAUUUGAGGGGGAUUUAGAAGAUGAAUUUUGGAUUUUUGGACAAAUUUUGGACAAAUUUUUAUAUUAUCCAUGGUGAUUUUUUUUUGAUGAAAAAGGUGGGAAUUGGUGUUUGUAUUGAAAUUGAUGGCCCGAAAUUUAAUUUGAGAGGGGUUUAGAGGAUGAAUUUUGGAUUUUUGGACAAAUUUUGGACUGAUUUUUAUAUUAACCAUGAUGAUUUUUUUUGAUGAAAAAGGUGGGAAUUGGUGUUUGUAUUGAAAUUGAUGGCCCGAAAUUUAAUUUGAGAGGGGUUUAGAGGAUGAAUUUUGGAUUUUUGGGCAAAUUUUGGACUGAUUUUUAUAUUAACCAUGAUGAUUUUUUUGAUGAAGGAGGUGGGAAUUGGUGUUUGUAUUGAAAUUGAUGGCCCGAAAUUUAAUUUGAGAGGGGUUUAGAGGAUGAAUUUUGGAUUUUUGGACAAAUUUUGGACUGAUUUUUAUAUUAACCAUGAUGAUUUUUUUUGAUGAAAAAGGUGGGAAUUGGUGUUUGUAUUGAAAUUGAUGGCCCGAAAUUUAAUUUGAGAGGGGUUUAGAGGAUGAAUUUUGGAUUUUUGGACAAAUUUUGGACUGAUUUUUAUAUUAACCAUGAUGAUUUUUUUUGAUGAAAAAGGUGGGAAUUGGUGUUUGUAUUGAAAUUGAUGGCCCGAAAUUUAAUUUGAGAGGGGUUUAGAGGAUGAAUUUUGGAUUUUUGGACAAAUUUUGGACUGAUUUUUAUAUUAACCAUGAUGAUUUUUUUGAUGAAGGAGGUGGGAAUUGGUGUUUGUAUUGAAAUUGAUGGCCCGAAAUUUAAUUUGAGAGGGGUUUAGAGGAUGAAUUUUGGAUUUUUGGGCAAAUUUUGGACUGAUUUUUAUAUUAACCAUGAUGAUUUUUUUGAUGAAGGAGGUGGGAAUUGGUGUUUGUAUUGAAAUUGAUGGUCUGAAAUUUGAUUUGAGGGGGAUUUAGAAGAUGAAUUUUGGAUUUUUGGACAAAUUUUGGACAAAUUUUUAUAUUAUCCAUGGUGAUUUUUUUUUGAUGAAAAAGGUGGGAAUUGGUGUUUGUAUUGAAAUUGAUGGCCCGAAAUUUAAUUUGAGAGGGGUUUAGAGGAUGAAUUUUGGAUUUUUGGGCAAAUUUUGGACUGAUUUUUAUAUUAACCAUGAUGAUUUUUUUGAUGAAGGAGGUGGGAAUUGGUGUUUGUAUUGAAAUUGAUGGUCUGAAAUUUGAUUUGAGGGGGAUUUAGAGGAUGAAUUUUGGAUUUUUGGACAAAUUUUGGACAAAUUUUUAUAUUAUCCAUGGUGAUUUUUUUUGAUGAAAAAGGUGGGAAUUGGUGUUUGUAUUGAAAUUGAUGGCCCGAAAUUUAAUUUGAGAGGGGUUUAGAGGAUGAAUUUUGGAUUUUUGGGCAAAUUUUGGACUGAUUUUUAUAUUAUCCAUGAUGAUUUUUCUUGUUUUUAAAAACUAAAAUUUGGUGAGGAAGGUGGGCAUUGGUCUUUAAAUUAUAUUUUAUGCCCCGAAAUUUGGUUUGAGAGGGUUUUAAGUGAUGAAUUUUGAAGUUUUCACCCUUUUUGGACCAAUUUUUAUAUUAUCCAUGGCAAUUUUUAUUCAAUUUUAAAACUGAUACACGCAAAUUUUCGUUACACUUUAUAUCAUGUGUAAUAAAAAAAGUUGCCUGCUUUCCCCAAAAAUGACCUCUUACCUUCAGAUACUGUCGAUCCGGAACUCCUAAAUGCCCCGGAGAUUCCGAGUAUGGAGUCGUUGGUCGGAAAUUUCAGUGAUUAUCUCAAGGCCCUUCUAGAAAAUCAACCAGCAGAAGACGUCGAGGACCCAGUUGGAACUUCUGAUAUCAAAAAAGAAAUCAAAGAGGAACCUGAGGACUCAGUUGAUAUGUAA